AUGAUUAAUUAUAAAAACAACAAACAUUUCACACAAAAUAAUAUUCACAAACUCAUCAACUCAUCAAAAACUAUGUCUAAAGCAAUCAUAUGCCUAGCGUUCAUAGCCGUGGCCAUAGCCGGUGUGUUGGCCAGGGAUGACGGUCUGGUGCGGACACCACCGAUGGGUUGGCUGUCGUGGGCUCGUUAUAAAUGCGAGACCGACUGCAAGAAAUACCCGAAAGCGUGUAUUAAUGAGAACCUAUACAAAGAACAGGCGGACAGAAUGGUUAGCGACGGGUAUAAAGAGUUGGGCUAUAAUUACGUCAAUAUAGACGACUGUUGGAGCGAAAUGGAAAGGGAUGCUCAGCAACGACUGGUGCCACACAAACAGCGCUUUCCCAACGGUAUUAAAGCGCUGGCCGACUAUAUGCACUCCAAGGGACUCAAACUGGGCAUCUAUGGCGAUGUCGGGCCCAAGACUUGCGCCGGAUAUCCGUCCCAGAAUGGAGUGAAUGGAUCCAAUUAUUUCUCGAUCGACGCCAAGACGUUCGCCGAGUGGGGGAUCGACUCAUUCAAGUUUGACGGCUGUAAUGAAGAUCCGCAUCAUUUCGACGACUUGUACCCCAAAAUGGGUAAAGCGCUCAACGAAUCCGGUCGUCCAAUAGUGUACAUAUGCGAGUGGCCAUUAUACCAAUUGCACAAGGGCAUUAAGCCUAACUACACAUCCAUCGCCAACACGUGUCACGUGUAUAGAAAUCACGGCGACAUUGGCGACAGUUGGGCCUCCAUCUCAUCCAUCAUUAAAUUUUACGGCGAAAACAACGCAGAAUUCAUUGCACACAACGGACCGGGACACUUUAACGACCCAGACAUGUUAAUGGUGGGUGACUUUGGUCUGUCCCACGAGCAGAGCCGCACACAUAUGGCAAUGUGGGCCAUGUUUUCGGCCCCUCUUUAUAUGUCCAACGAUUUGAGGAGCAUUUCCGCCGACGACAAGAAAAUAGUGCAAAAUAAGGCCAUUAUUGCCGUAAAUCAGGACAAACACGCAAUUAUGGCUAAACGAGUGUUUGUCGAUAAACACAGACAGGCGUGGGUUAAACAGGUUGAGCCCAAAGUGAAGGACCAGUGGUCGCAUGUCGUGGUUUAUAUCGAUGAGAGCGGUAUUGGAGAUCGUUAUUAUAUGUCACAAAAGUUGUCGACAUUAAUACCUGAGGCAAAAGACUUAUCCGAUUAUAAAGUGGAGGAUCUGUUUGGCGACGAAAAGAUCGGUGAACUGAAGGGAUCUAAUCUGGAGCUCCUGUUGGCGACCGGCGGGGGCUGUCGUAUGUACAUCAAGAUUCAAUACAUCGAUACCAUAAAUAUACUUGAAAAACAAUCACUGCCUCUAUUGGUGUGUUUCGCUCUGUUGGCCAUCGAGUGCGGACUGGCCCGGGAGGACGGGCUCGUACGGACACCACCCAUGGGUUGGCUCUCGUGGACCCGCUAUGGCUGCGAAACCGACUGCAAACGGUAUCCCAAGGGCUGUAUCAACGAAGACCUUUAUAAAGCACAGGCGGAUGCGAUGGCCGCCGGAGGUUAUAAAGAGUUGGGCUAUAAUUACGUCAAUAUAGACGACUGUUGGAGCGAAAUGGAAAGGGAUGCUCAGCACCGACUGGUGCCACACAAACAGCGCUUUCCCAACGGCAUGAAAGCGCUGGCAGAUUAUGUCCACUCCAAGGGACUAAAGUUAGGCAUUUAUGGUGAUGUUGGGCCCAAGACUUGUGCUGGGUAUCCGUCCCAAAAUGGAGUGAAUGGAUCCAAUUAUUUCUCAAUCGACGCCAAAACGUUCGCCGAGUGGGGGAUCGACUCAUUCAAGUUUGACGGCUGUAAUGAAGAUCCGCACCAUUUCGACGACUUGUACCCCAAAAUGGGUAAAGCGCUCAACGAAUCCGGCCGCCCAAUGGUAUUCAUAUGCGAGUGGCCGCUGUACCAAGGUGGUCAUCCCGACAUCAAGAUCAAUUACCAGGCCAUCGCCGACACGUGCCAUGUAUUUAGAAACUAUGGAGACGUCGCGCAAAAUUGGGGUAGCAUUGAAUCCAUUAUCAAUUAUUACGGCGAUAAUAACGAUCUGUUCACCAAAUAUAACGGUCCCGGACAUUUCUUCGAUCCAGAUAUGGUAGUUGUCGGCGACUACGGUAUGUCUCACGAGCAGAGCCGCACACAUAUGGCAAUGUGGGCCAUGUUUUCGGCGCCACUCUAUAUGUCCAACGAUUUGAGAGACAUUUCGCCCGAAGACAAGAAAGUGCUGCAAAAUAAGGCCAUUAUUGCCGUAAAUCAGGACAAGAAUGGAUUUAUGGCCAGACGGUUGCAAAGAAAAGACAGCGAACAGGUUUGGACGAAACGGGUUGAGCCGCAAGUGAACGGCCAGUGGUCUUACGCUGUCGUCUAUUUCGACACAAACGGUAUCGGAGAGAAACAUUACAUGUCCCAAAAAAUAAAGACUUUGAUCCCGGAGGCGAAACCCGACACUGAAUACGUGGUGCACGACCUAUACCUCGAUGAGGGCAAAGAGAUUUUGAGUACACUUAAAGCCGCCGAUAAUCUCGAGUUAUUAGUGAAAACCGGCGGCUCCUGUCGUAUGGUUAAACUCGUACCCAAAUAAAUAAUUUUUAUCAUAUUAUUUUAUUGUCACUAAUUAUAAUAAAGUAUUUUAAUUGUAA